CAGAAUGUGCUUUGUUGGGAUGAAACGCGCGCGGUCCAUUUAUGUUUUAGAAACCAACGUCCGCGAAUUCAUGUAGUGUGCGCUUGUUUUCUGUUAAACGGACUAUAUGUAUCAGUAUUCUGUAAUGUUACGAUCCACUAAAAGUAUAAAAUGGUCUGAGAUGAGCGAUGGGGAGCCCGGUGAGUGUUAGAUAUGCCGGACUGUUGUUUCUGGUAUUGCUUUGUUUUAGACAUUCAUCGUACGGCCAGAUUGUCUAUUCCGUCUCAGAGGAGGUGAACAGAGGAACCGUGGUUGGAAAUAUAGCAAAGGAUCUGAGUUUAACUGUUCAAGAACUGGAGGCGCGGAUGUUUCAGAUCGUAUCCGGAUCCAACAAGAAGUAUUUUGAGGUAAAUCUGAAAAGCGGAGUGCUGAUUGUGAAUGAGAGAAUUGACCGAGAGGACUUGUGUAUAAACGCCCUGAAAUGUUCUGUAUUUUUAGAAGCCAUUGCUCAUAAUCCUUUAAAUCUUUACCGCAUUGAAGUAAAUGUAUUGGACGUAAACGACAACGCACCAUCAUUCCCAGUCAAGACAUUUGUGUUAAACAUAACGGAAGGCGCUGCUCUGGGAGACAGAUUCCCUCUGCUCGUGGCGGACGAUCCAGAUGUUGGAUCGUAUUCGGUAAAAAACUACAAACUCAGUCCUAAUGAACAUUUUGUUCUGGAUGUACACAGCGGCGGAGAACAAAGUGUUUCUGCGGAGUUAGUGUUGCAGAAAGGUUUAGACCGAGAGAAACAAGCUUUGAUAAAACUCCUAUUGACUGCAGUUGAUGGAGGAAAACCUCCCAGAUCUGGGACUUUACAGAUUACAGUGAAUGUGCUGGAUGUGAACGAUAACACUCCAGCUUUUUCCAUGCCUCUGUACAAAGUUCGACUGAAUGAGAAUGUUCCGUACGACACACCGGUAAUAAUACUAAAUGCAACGGAUCCAGAUGAAGAUAUGAACAGUCGGAUAAUCUACAGCAUGGCUGAACACGGAACUGCGAAUAUUAAUGACAUCUUCACUAUUGAUUCUCACACCGGAAAGAUUAGUGUAAAAGGAAAUAUAGACUAUGAAAAAAAUGCAGCAUUUGAAUUUCGAGUGCAAGCUAGGGAUCAAGGAAUUCCUUCUCGCAAUACUCAUUGUAAGGUACUUAUCGAAGUAAUUGACUUGAAUGAUAAUAAUCCUGAAAUAACAGUGACAUCACUAUUAAACACUAUAAGAGAAGAUUCAGCAAUCGGAACAGCAGUUGCUGUAAUUGCAGUUUCUGACAAAGAUUCGGAGAAAAACGGCAUUGUUCGCUGUCAUGUAGCAACUCCUUUCAAACUGCAGUCAUCUUUAAAAAAUUAUUAUUCCUUAGUGACUGACGGGCCGCUGGACAGAGAGAGCACAUCUCAGUACAACGUCACUAUUACAGCUACUGAUGAGGGAAGCCCUCCUCUGUCCAGCACCAGCGUCAUAACCGUUCAUGUUUCUGAUGUGAACGACAACGCGCCGCGCUUCCCAGAACCGGUCAUUAAUGUGUAUUUGAAGGAGAACAGUCAGAUAGGGACCGUUAUAUGUACUGUGUCUGCGACUGAUCCAGACGAAAACGAAAACGCCCGUGUGUCAUAUACCUUGGUGGACAGCGGUUCCCUCAAUGUGCCUUUUUCGACUUUAAUUAACGUGAACUCUGCUAGCGGGGAAAUACACAGCAUGCGGUCUUUUGAUUAUGAGGAAAUAAAAACCUUCCAGUUUCAAGUUCAGUCCACGGACUCUGGAGUUCCUCCACUGAGCAGCAACGUGACUGUGAACGUUUUUAUCCUGGAUGAGAAUGACAACAGUCCUGGGGUUCUGCCGCCCUAUUCUGACCAGGGCUCCGUUAAUAGCGAGAACAUUCCCUACUCUGCCGAAGCGGGAUACUUUGUGGCCAAGAUCAGGGCUGUAGACACCGACUCUGGAUAUAAUGCUCUACUGUCUUAUCACAUCGCCGAGCCCAAGGGAAGCAACCUGUUCAGAAUCGGAACGAGCAACGGGGAGAUACGGACUAAGAGACGAAUGAGUGACAAUGACUUGAAAACUCACCCGCUGCUCAUCCUGGUUUCUGAUAACGGAGAACCUUCACUGUCAGCGACCGUGUCAAUAGACGUUGUGGUUGUGGAAAGUAAGAGUGAAAUGCAGACUCCGUUCAGACCAGUGCCGAGCAAAGAGGAGAGCUUUUCCGAUUUAAACUUGUAUUUGCUCAUCGCCAUCGUGUCGGUGUCGCUCAUAUUUUUACUGGGUCUCAUCACUUUGGUGGCAGUAAAGUGCCACAGGACAGACGGCAGUUUGAGUCGGUACAGCGCUCCAGUCAUCACCACACACCCUGACGGGAGCUGGUCUUACUCCAAGUCCACCCAGCAGUACGACGUGUGUUUUAGCUCAGACACGCUGAAGAGUGAUGUGGUGGUUUUCCCGACGCCUUUCCCACCUGCAGAGGCGGAACUGAUCAGUAUUAAUGGAGCUGAUUCCUUAAAACGGAACCGAACGCUUCCCAAGAGCGAGAAGACAUUCAUCGUACGGCCAGAUUGUCUAUUCCGUCUCAGAGGAGGUGAACAGAGGAACCGUGGUUGGAAAUAUAGCAAAGGAUCUGAGUUUAACUGUUCAAGAACUGGAGGCGCGGAUGUUUCAGAUCGUAUCCGGAUCCAACAAGAAGUAUUUUGAGGUAAAUCUGAAAAGCGGAGUGCUGAUUGUGAAUGAGAGAAUUGACCGAGAGGACUUGUGUAUAAACGCCCUGAAAUGUUCUGUAUU